GAAAAAUACCUCCGAACCUUUCACCCCUCCUCGUCCCUCUCUCUUUGGUUCUUCUACUCUUCUUGACUUCAUUCAUUACCAACCCGCACGGAUUUCGCAUCGUCUUUCUUCUUCUUCUUCACCGGAAUUAGGGGUUUUCGUCCCUCAGUCGUCGGAUCUUCUCUCCAGUUUUUCGACGUCCUUUCCUUGUUGGUAUAGCUUGUCUUUGUGCCGAAAACGUCCAUGAUGCAACAGAGCUUUGGUCUCUGGUGCUAACCUGGUGCUCCUCUUUACUUUGUCUCUGGUAACUGAGCAUCACAACUCCUCAAAUUGGUUUGCAUCUGUUAUCCGCAAAGAUCAUUGUUGCAUUUGAAGUCAAUAUGGAUGAUGGAGGACAUCGUGAAAAUGGACGACACAAACCAGAUCAGUUCAAAGCAGCUCAGAGUCAGCAGUGGCUGAUGCAACAGCCAACCAUGAAGCAAAUCAUGGCAAUCAUGGCCGAACGAGAUGCUGCAAUCCAUGAGCGAAACAUGGCCAUCUCAGAGAAGAAGGCAGCAAUAGCAGAGAGAGAUAUGGCGUUCCUUCAGCGAGACUCGGCUAUUGCCGAGAGAAACAAUGCCCUAAUGGAGCGAGACAGUGCCAUUGCCACCCUCCAGUACCGCGACAACUCUCUCCCUAACAGUAACAGCAUGUCUUCUUCCUGUCCAUCAAAUUGCCAAAUCUCUCGAGGUGUGAAGCAUAUUCACCACCCCCAGCAUCAUCUCCCCCACAUGCAUGAGAUCCAAGGAAAUGAUUCCCCCCUCCCGACUUCUUCGCCAGCUAUCAUUCCAGAGACAGCAAAGCCCAGGCGUGGCGGUGGCAAACGACCCAAGGACCCCACCAAGGCAAUGGGCUCCAAUAAAAGGUCCUCAUCGAAAUCAAAGGUGAAAAAGGAGAGCAACGAGUGGAAGACGGAGCAGGAUAUGGGCAUGGGAGAUGGUGAAGAUUUGAACGAUAAACAGCUUGUGGUAUCGAACUGGAAAGGGUCGGAUCUCGGGUUGAACCAGAUUGCAUUCGACGAUUCAACCAUGCCUGCUCCGGUUUGCUCGUGCACCGGAAUCUUCAGGCAAUGCUACAAGUGGGGCAAUGGAGGGUGGCAGUCAUCAUGCUGUACGACCACUUUAUCGAUGUACCCUCUUCCCGCGGUGCCAAACAAGAGGCACGCUCGUAUUGGUGGGAGGAAGAUGAGCGGCAGCGCAUUCAGCAAGCUGCUGAGUCGUCUGGCGGCUGAAGGGCAUGACUUGGCCCAUCCAGUUGAUCUCAAGAACCAUUGGGCGAAACAUGGAACCAAUCGUUACAUCACGAUCAAGUAAAGAUCAUGGAAUCCGGGUACAGCACUUGUACUUCUCGGGGUAUGCUCUUCUUGUGUGUAUCCUUCUGAGGCACACUAGUUUUAUGAUCAUAAUGCUGUGUAAGGAAAGCAAUAAGCAGGGGGUACCAUAAGAGCGGAGGAAUUAGAGUAGGCAAGGUGAUCCGCCCAACGACUUUGUUCGAGUCAAGUUUUUCUGUACUGCGAUGUUGUGUAAGGUGUAGAUGCAGAAAGUAUCUGUGCAACUCUUGUAGCUUCAAUUGUAAAUGUACCUCUUUUCCUCUCCCAUUGGCAUGUGAGUGGUAUGAUGUUAAAAAAUGUAUGCAUCUGUUGUGUAGUAUUCAACUGU